AUGUUAUGGUCCAAGAUCAACCCCAAGGGAGCCAAGAAGCAACUGCACGCCGAGGACUUCAAGCUACUAGAGAAGCAGGAGACCGAAGAGACGGGCAAAGACUAUGAGCGCAAGCAGGCUUGGGGCUAUCCUGCCGAGAAUGUCGAGCGUUGGAACGAAAAAGAGGAGACCAGAAAGGAAUGGGGGAAGAACAAGUUAGUGGAUAAGUUCCUCGCACUUCGAUCACCCAACGGCCGUGGCAAUGGCGGCGAUGAUAUAAGUGGUUCAGAGCAGACUGGCGGCGGAAUUUUGCGCGACGCCCACUCAACCACCUUUCUGACGGACGCCCAAGCCCGAGAAAAUCCUGUGGACCGGAUGGAGGCGGAUGUGGCCAAGCAGAUGCCAUAA